ACAAACACCCCCAGCAGGGUCGAAGACUGGCAUGUCCACAACCAUUUCAGAAUGUAUUAGCAAAUUCCAGACAGAGAAAUCUUCUUGUAAGCGAGAAAGUCCCAAUGGACUCGUCUCAAACAAUAACCGGGUUCCGGGGGGUGACACCACAAAACUGAAAAAUCAAGUAAAUGCAAAUAAUAUGCCACCACCUCCUCCUCCCCCUCCGCCCAUGCCACCCUUACACACACAGUCCGACACCACCCCCAAACAACUUUCCUGUCCUCUGCCAAAUAUACCCAAAGAAAGUGAGAUGAACAAGUCAGCCGAGCCAGAACCAGAAAAUGAUUACGAAGACAUUGAAGAAUUAACUAAUGGUAAAAUAAUUGACUUUGAGCAGACCAGGAAACUCUUGCGAUCUGUUUCAUCUCCCCCACUGGUAAACGAGAACAGUAGUAACGGGCACGGAGGAGGGACGAGUGAGGAGAAGAGCUGCGAGGAAAGUAGUCAGCAUGUCCCCUUGACCCCGACCAAGCCAUCUGUGAACCCAGGGAAAGUCCCCUUCAUCCCUCCACACUUUCCAACACCUCCACAAGAUGCACUCAUUAAACCGUCCGAGUAUUUAAGAAGUAUUCAAAACAAGUCAAAGUCAAGUCAGGGCACCCUUCUUGGUGGGAAUCACGGCAAUACUAAGCAACAGAAUUCAGCCAGAGUUGAGGAGACAAUGAAAGCAUUGGGAGUGGUCAUCCCCUCUGAUAAUUCGUCUGGGUUGUUGUCAGUUCCAGAGGAAACCAAUGCUGAAGACGAGUUUGAAGAGAUUAACCCUGAAAGGAUCAACGGGUUUGUGAAAAUGAAUAGAGAGUCAAAUGGGUCGACUGCUACUAGCGAUACAAUUGAUGAGAACAACAACACCACCAACGGGAACUCCUCUUCUGCAUCUGUCGCCUCGACAAAUAAAAUUGGAUGUGGUAUGAUUAAAGCAGAAGAAUUAAUGAAGGUACAUUUGAGGAAGACGCCAAUGUCAAGGACAAAAUCUGCUCCGCCACUGGGCCGAGUAAUUCCUGACGCUGACGAGUCCGACGCAUCUUCGACAUGCGGAAGGGGCGGUCAGCAGCAGCAUCAGGAGAAUGGUCAUGAGCCCCUGAAAAGGACCAGUACCAUGUCGCCCACAGCAUGCAUCAUGGGUGGUGGGGAUACUGUAUCGAAAGCGGAUGUCAUCGCCGAGUUGGCCGAGCUCAGUGGGCGGGGUUCGGGAGUGGAAAGAAGAACUAAAGAGAAGGCAAAAGGAACAGGAAAAAGCAGUUCAAAAGAAAUUGAACAGUUGUACCAACCCGUCAAUUUGUUUCAGAGGUUUCAGAAACAAUUAUUUAAAAUUUCCAUUCCACACGGUAUUCCCCAAACAGUUCAUCAAGCCUCAUUUUAA